AUGGCGGCUUCAAAGCUAAAAAUCACAACCAUCGGUGAUGGUAUGGUAGGAAAAACGUGUUUACUCAUCACAUAUGCUGAUGAUAAAUUUCCUACGUUCGAUGUACCACCUACAGUUUUCGAAAAUUACAUCUGCGACCAAACCAUUGAUGGCAAGAAGUUUGAACUCACAUUGUGUGUCACAGCCGGGCAAGAGGACUAUGAUCGUUUGCGACCGCUAUUCUAUCCAAAUACUGAUUGUUUCAUUAUUUGUUAUUCGAUAUCCAACCGAGCAUCCUUCGAAAAUGUGCUCGAAAAAUGGUACCCAGAAAUUCAGAAGUGCUCACCGAGUGUUCCGAUCAUCCUUGUUGGUACAAAAAGUGAUAAACGCUAUCCCAUCUCAGAAAAAUUCGUGACUUUGAACGAAGCAAAGGAGUUGAAGCGGAAAAUCAAAGCAAAGGCCCUGAUCGAGUGUUCGGCAAUAGAGAAGAAAAACAUUGAUGCUGUAUUCCUAGAAGCUGUACGUGCCGUAGUAAAAAAGCCAAAUAUGAUGCCGUAA